GAUCUUAGGUAGAACAGCUCCAGUAAAUUACAAAUAUCGAGCGAAUAUUUAAUUGAGUCCAAAUUUAUAAUAAAUUUUGUGCCAUUUUUAGUGCUGAACACGCAUAAAAGUAAUUGAGCCGUAGCAAAAGAUGCUUCGGCUUAGGCGACGAUUGCGCUUCUUGGAGGUGGCGAUGCGAAAGCAAUUGCUCAGGCAAUAUGUGAUUCCCGUCAUGUUGCCCAUCGAUGUCGUUUUCAGCAAGGAUGCGGGUGACAAGAAGAAAGAGUUAAGCAAGAGCGGCGAGCCGAGUAAGCCCAGCGAGCCCAACAAGCCCAGUGAGUCUAGCAAGGCCGGCAAGCCUAGUGCGCCGGGCAAGCCCAAUGCGCCCAGCGAACCGAGCAAACCCAGCAAACCUGGCGAGCCCAGCAAGCCCAUCGAGGCCAAAAAGGAUGGCGGUAAACAAGGCGACAAACCUCCAGCAGCGCCAAAGCCGGCGGAGAAGAAGUCGACGCAGCCGCGCAUUAAGACCUUUGACAUAUAUCGCUGGCAUCCCGGCGGCAAGCCCAAAAUACAAAAAUACCAGUUAGACUUGAACAAGUGCGGCAGCAUGGUCCUGGACGCACUUAUCAAGAUUAAAAACGAGAUGGACGGCACGCUCACGUUUCGUCGGUCGUGCCGGGAGGGCAUCUGCGGCUCCUGUGCCAUGAACAUCGAUGGCAUCAACACGCUGGCCUGCAUCCAGCCGAUCGAGAGUAACUUAGGCAAGCCGUGCAAGAUCUAUCCGCUGCCGCAUCUGUAUGUGCUGCGCGAUCUGGUGCCAGAUCUAACGCGCUUUUAUGAUCAGUAUCGCCAAAUAGAGCCCUGGCUGCAGCGCAAGGAUGCAAACAGGAAGAUCGGGGAGAAGCAGUAUCUGCAAGCGGUCGAGGAUCGCACUCUGUUGGAUGGACUAUACGAGUGCAUAUUGUGCGCCUGCUGCCAGACCGCCUGCCCGUCCUAUUGGUGGAACAGCGAUAAGUACUUGGGCCCGGCCAUCCUCAUGCAGGCCUUUCGCUGGGUCAUCGAUUCGCGUGACGAGGCGACCGAAAAGCGUUUGAACUACCUAUCGGAUCCUUGGAAAUUGUAUCGCUGCCACACCAUACUCAACUGCACCAACACGUGCCCCAAGAACCUGAACCCAGCCAAGGCGAUCAUCCAACUCAAGCAGAUGCUGGUCGGCAUGAAGAAAAAAGCCAAGGCGAAGCUAUGACAGAUAAAUUGGCUCAGAGCCCUACGUGAACAUACCAAAAUUUCUAAUUUUACAUUUCUUCUCAAAAUGACAUGUAAUCCAGUCGAAUGUGAAUGUCU